GAUAUCUCUAAUAUACAGUUGACUGGUGAUUGUCUUUCCCUUUAUCAGUGAAACAGGACAUAUUUUAGUGUUUAAACUUGACUUUUAGUGUAUGACGGAUAGUAAUAUAGCUGAACAGGACUCUACACUGGUAAAAGGGAAGUUUUAUAAGUGUUUUUAACCAUUGACAGGAAAUUGCUGGGCUAGUGAUAGCUGUGUAAUGUUUGCAAAUAACUUUCAAUUAUAGAUUGAAAAGUUAUUGCGUAUUACUGUCUGCCAGAGAUUGAGUUGACAGGAACUGAUUAUCUGAUAAUAUUUUCAAUGUAUUGAUCUCGAGAGUGUAUAAUAGGGAGACACACUUUGUCACAGUUGAUUACUAGGCACUGAUAUAGCACUGUGGUAGUGUAGGUUUACAAGGGCACACAUGUGGCAGCCUCUGUUCUUCAUUUUGUUUCCUGGUUUCUGAACAUAACCGGCACUUGACAACCGUGGACACAGAUCCGUAUCCUGUCUCACAAGUGGAGGAGAAUAGGAAAGCAGCCAUUGUGACUAAUUGAGAGGGCUUUAUUUAGUUGGACCACUAGAUGAGCAGCUUUUAGUGUUCCAGUUGUCACAUCGAGGAUCGUUUGUGAAGGAGCCUAGGGAGUAUUUAUAUACCACUGUCCCAAAAAGUUCAUCAGUGAAGCCAUUCUCUGAAAGCCAAUACCUGCCUGCAGACAAGAUAUCAACCCACGCACAGCGAACAGCACCGGCUUGAAGCUGAACUUUACUAUGCCCAGUGGUUAUUGUGUCUGUGUAUGAUGUACCUAGCCUACAGUUACCCACUUGGACAGCCAGCCAUCCCCGCGCUAGGAGCCCAUACGCCCAUAGCAACCGCCGACUACUCACACCCGCAGUACGUGACCGCUGUGACAGCACCCUCUAUAGCUGAGCCCUACCUGGUCCCCGUGACUGCAGCACACCAGCCCCUCCAGGCUGCCCCAGCUCCUUACCAGGCCCUUACACUUGCUGUCUGCAGAAAGCGCGGCUCAGAAGAACUCAUGUCUCACAGUCCUAUGGUACAGACUAACGGCACCGGCCACAGUCCAUCACAGAAUGAGGUCAACGACGCUAAAAAGGUGAAGCUGGAUUCCACAAACAUGAUGCCUUCCAAGGUGAUACAUCUGCGCAGUCUGCCCAACGAUGUCACAGACUCUGAGGUCGUGCAGCUGGGCAUUCCCUUUGGCAAAAUGUCCAAUGUGCUGCUACUCAAACAGAAAAAUCAGGCGUUCCUGGAAUUUGAGGAUGAAGGUGUGGCGGCCACGUUCGUCAACUAUUACACAAAGAUGCCCUGUCAGAUCCGGGGCAAGCAGGUCUACGUCCAGUUCUCACAGCACAAAGAGCUGAAAACAGACCAGGCUCACUCCUUCCAGAACCAGGCAUCCCAGGCAGCUUUGCAGGCGGCUCAACUGGCACUAGGCAACGGUGGGGAUGGAGAGGGCAUCAAGAAGACAGUGCUCCGAGUCAUAGUGGAGAACCUUGUAUACCCCGUCACCAUAGAAGUACUUAAUCAGAUCUUCAGUAAAUUUGGCAAAGUUUUGAAAAUGAUCAUCUUCACCAAAAAUAACACAUUCCAGGCCUUGGUACAGUUUGGGGAUUCAGUAUCAGCCAAUGCAGCUAAACUGUCGCUAGAUGGCCAGAACAUCUACAACGGCUGCUGCACACUGCGUAUCGACUACAGCAAGCUAGGCCAGCUCAAUGUGCGCUACAACAAUGACAAGAGUCGUGAUUUCACCAACCCCAGUCUGCCCACGGGUGACCCGGGGCUUGACCAAGCCAUGGCCUUUGGGGGUGGAGGUUCAGGUAUUAUGGUUGCCACAAUGCCAAGUUUAAGUCCUGCGCAUCACCUCUCCCUCGGCGGAAUUGGCACCCAGCACUUCGAUGCCAGGUACAUGUUGGAGGCAAGUGAGUAAAGCCAAGACGUUUUCUGGACAUUGCCAC